AUGGCCGACCAAAAGGACGCCUUCCAGGUCCUGUCCAGUGAGAAUCGUGGUGCUAUCAUCACCUUGACCUCUGUCUCGCUCCUGAUCGUGGCCAUCAUCUUCGUGGCCGCCAAGUUCGGGUCUGCGAUCUACUUCAAGCAGCGACGGACCGCGGUCAAUACUCCCAUUUGGGCGGCUUUGAUUUUUGCAAUCAUCCAAGUCGUUCUCUUACAGAAGGCGGUUGAUCAUGGACUGGGAAAACACCAAGACCGGCUUAGUGAUGGCGACAUCCAGGCCUGGAGCAAGUUCGCCUAUGCUGCGCAUCUUCUGCUGAUCGUCGCCUUGUCGCUUUCCAAGAUGUCGACCAUUUUGCUGAUUUGGAAGUUAACGCCGAGUAAAAGCCUGCGUCGCAGCUGUGCUAUUGCCGCUGGUAUUGUCGUAGGCUGGUCAAUCUUCGCGGUGUUCGGUAUAGCAUUCCAAUGUGAGAUGCCUGGUCCGUGGUUGUACUCGCCUGAGCGAUGUGCUGGGGAGGUCAGUAUACACCCAAACCGUCUCCAGGAUUGGCUUCAAAGCCCGCUGAAACUGCACCAGGGUGCCAUAUUCUACCCGAUCGCAGUAUUCAACACCCUCACGGAGGCCAUCAUCGUCGUCCUGCCCUUCAUAAUGAUGCACAACGUCCAGAUGGACUGGCACAAGCGAGUGAAGAUCCUCUCCUCCUUCUCCACGCGCAUAAGCGUCGUCACCCUCGGAAUUGCCCACCUCGCCCUCCUCCCCUCCUUCAGCCACUCCACUGACGUGUCCUGGGACAUUGUGAACUGGGAAAUAACCGGCCAAGCAAUGAUGCUCACAGCCGUUAUCGCCGCCUGCGUCCCAACCCUGUACCAUAUCUUCGCGGGCCUGCACUCGGGCCUAACCACAACGCAAAUCCCCAAUGGGAUCGACCUUGAACUUCUGCAGACCAAGGCAAGCGGGUAUAUCAAUCAGUCUUCCUCUUGGGCCAGUCAGUCGCAGUCACGGCCUCGGUCGCGCGGUCGUUUGAGGAAGAAUGGGCGGUCGAUGUUCGAUGGGCGGGAUACGGAUGGAGUUGUUAUCACGGAGGUUUCAACGGGUGGAGAUCAGGGGGACAGGCAGUCUAGUUCUAGUGAAGGGGCGGAGAGCACAAGGCAUUUGACGCAAGAUUUGCAGGGGAAGGAGGGUGUGCUGAGGACGGUCGAUGUGACGGUGAGUGUUGAGAAACAGGAUCAUCGGGCAAGACAUUGA